AUGAAUCGUAUGAGAAGAUCGUAUGAAAUUGAUCAUAACAAUAGAUUUUAUCGAACCUCAAGUUUCGACGCCAGACGAUCACUAUUUCUCGAGUUAACUUGUACUGAUCGAAACAAAGUCAUCAAAAUCGAAGAGCCUAUUGUAUUUUCUUCAAAAAAUACUAUUCACGAUAUAAAAUAUGAAUUAAUGCAAAUCCUUCACAGGGAAUCAAUCCAUCCUGAGCAAGUCGUACCAACAGAAAUCCAGUAUUUCGGUAGUAGUAGCAUAAUAAACUCCUCUCAUGAAAAUAUGACAUUGGACGAACUACAUGUUAAGAGUGGAUCUACACUUUGUUUUAAACAGUUGACCGUUUCAUCUUACACGAAACUAAUACAAGUGACUGUGUCCUUCGUCAGUAUUGGACGUAGUAUAGUACUCGAAUUGGACGAGUCAUCCACAACGAUUGACGCUCUCCUACGUACAGUCAUAAACGCUUUUGAUUUAAAUUCGAUUGAACGUCAACGAAUUCAAUUGCGUUCGUACCGUGACGAUGUUCUUAAUACAUCAAGUAAUUUAGGAAAGAAAUUGUCAGAAUUAGGUAUUCGAAAUUAUUCGAUCAUCUUUCUCUAUAUUAGCAAACCAUCAUCUACUAUCACGAAUGAUGACGAUAUAUACGUGUAUACCAAAAGUAAUACUAUAAGUGGCGUCGAUUUAUUACUAGCAUCACCAACAGAUGCCAUUGGUGAGUUAGAAGCUCGAAUUAAAAGUAAAUACCAAUGGAUGGUGUCUGUUGCGUUUCGUGAUACCGACUAUAAUACGAUAGAUGCAAGUGAUCGCAAUCGAACGCUAAGCGAAUUGGGCAUAAAGUCAAGUCAGAGUAUUUAUGCUGACAUUGAAGAGGUCCUCCCAACCAAACAAACGGAUAAAUCGCAACCAUCGUCAUCGUCGACGACUAUGAAUUCGAACAUGGUCGAUGUCCGUUGUCAACUUCCAGGUAUUCAACCAAUAACGAUUAAAGCAUUAGUAACAGAUACGGUAGCAGAAUUGGCAGCAAACAUCGGAGCUCUUCGUGAAAAUCAAACAAUGGCUCAAUUUUUACUAUGGUCUGGCAGUAUUACUAUUGACGAUAAACAGCCUGAUAAACGUUUGGCUGAUUUUGGUAUUAAACCUGGUAGUACAAUUGUGGCUUCUGUCAUAGAAAUUCCUCCUACUAAUAACUUCAUUAAAACCAGUAAAAUCGACAAGACUUACACAACAACAAACACUUCCGAUUUGAAUGUGAAACCAAAAGGUUUGAAUAAUCUUGGUAAUACAUGUUAUAUGAACAGUGCACUUCAAUGUCUUAUGCAUGUGCCAGCAUUAACUGAAUACUUUAUGGACAAACUUUCACAGGCGCAUGCAACUGAUGAGCAUUUUGAUAAUUACAAUCCAUUUCAUGAGUUUGGAGAAGUUACUGAAGCUUUUGCUAAACUCGUAUGGAAUUUACAAAAACCUGAUAGAAAAUCUUAUUCUUAUUAUGAUUAUUCAUUUCGACCAACUGAUUUUAAAGAAACGAUCGGUCGACUCGAACCCCGUUUCGCUACAUUUGAUCAACAAGAUGCUCAGGAAUUUUUGACUUUCCUCCUGAAUUCUAUUCAUCAGGAAAUCAAACAGAAAAGUAACCACGCACAAAAUACAAUCAUUACAAAACUAUUUUUCUGUGAAAUUCAAUCUUCCACUACUUGUUGCCGAUGCCAACAUGUCAGCACUAGAGUUGAAUCAUAUAGUAUCCUUCCAUUGCCACUCAAUUCAAAAGAACGAAUGUUUCAAGUGAAUUUUAUUCGAUUGAACGGUCAAGAAGAGUAUGAUAUAGUUCCUAUGUCUAUUGAUCAUCGUAUUGAACAUCUUGUAUACGCAUUUUUCGAGCGUCGUCGUGAUACAAUACGCUUUAGCUAUGUUACGGUGAUGGCUAAAAAUGCAACAGAAGCAGCAAUUGACUUCGGUACAUCUCUUAGCAAAUUAUCUGAACCAGUGCUAGCAGUGAUCGAGCAAGUCAAUUACAAUGGACGCAUUGCACCUUUUCAAUAUGAGAAUAAAUUAACUAGCCUAAAACUUGACGAGUGUCUCCAAGAAUUCGUCUCACUUGAAACACCCGAUGAUUCAUGGUUUUGUGACCAGAAUGAAUGUAAAAAGGAUUCAAAGGUAAGUAAACAACUUCAAAUUUUGACUUUUCCUCCUGUAUUAAUUAUUCAACUAAAACGAUUUUCACAUGAACAUGGUCUUCAUCGAAAAUUGAAUACAUUGGUUGAUUAUCCUAUAGAUGGAUUCAAUCUCGGUAGACUUUUAAAAUCAUCUGAGGAAGCUGUUUAUGAUCUUAUUGCUGUUUGCAAUCAUAUUGGUUCUAUUUAUGGUGGUCAUUAUACUGCAUAUGCACGAAAAGGUCCUAAACAAGAGACAUGGUACAUACUCGAUGACCACUAUGUAUCAACUGUGUAUUAUAAAGAAGACUUGAUUUCCAAAAAUGCUUAUCUUCUUGUUUAUUUGAAACGACCGAAACAAACAUAG